AAUAAUUGCACAAAUAAUUAGUCUCGGUGUCAACCAUGGCGAGAAACGGUUGUUCAGCAUUGUUCGCUCUGUGGUCUGUGAUGGCGCUGUCAGGGAUAAUGUGCGUUGAAGUACCGAAGGUAAAACUUAACAACGGGAAAAUGAUGCCUGCAAUAGCUUUGGGCACUUAUUUGGGAUUUGAUAAGGGCGGGGUGGUUAAAUCAGUAAAUAAACAACUAGCCAAUGUUGUUAUGAAUGCAAUUGAUAUCGGCUACAGACACUUCGACACGGCUGCCAUUUAUGAAACCGAGGAAGAGAUUGGUGAGGGUAUUCGGAAGAAAAUUGAAGAAGGUGCCAUCAAUAGAGACGAUGUCUUUGUUACAACAAAGCUGUGGAACACACAACACAAAAGGGAACAAGUGCCUUUGGCAUUAAAACAGUCUUUAAACAAAAUGGGUCUUAAUUACGUCGAUUUGUUUUUAAUGCAUUGGCCGAUUGGAUUAAAUGAUGAUUACACAUUCUCCGAUGUCGACUUCAUGGAAACAUGGCGAGGAUUGGAAGAUGUUCAGAGAUCGGGGCUCGCUAAAUCUAUAGGUGUCUCUAACUUCAACUUGAACCAAUUGAAGAGACUCAUAAAGGAAGCAUCUAUUAAGCCAGUGGCGAUUCAAGUAGAGGUCCACCCACAAAUUAUACAAACUGAGAUCAUAGAGUAUGCAAAGUCAGAGGACAUAGUAGUGAUGGGCUACAGUCCUUUUGGUUCUUUGGUUAUGAGAUACGGAAUUCAAUUUCCGGGGCCAAAAAUUGAUGAACCCGUGCUGGUUGAAAUUGCAAAUAAAUACAACAAAACAACGCCGCAGAUCGUUUUAAGAUGGCAGGUGGAUAGAAACGUUGUGCCACUACCAAAGUCUACAAACUUAAAACGUUUAAAGGAAAAUAUCAAUAUUUUCGAUUUCAAAUUGGAGCAGGAUGAAAUUGCAAAAAUUAACAAAUUCCAUAAUAACGUGAGAUAUACUUUGCCGUCGUUUUGGCAGAACCAUCCUUAUUAUCCAUUCGAAAAGGUUGAUAACCCUCAAGAUAAUCCUUUCCUCACCAAAAAUAAUUAAUAAUGUUUACAUAAAAUCAUCAGAAAGACGUAGACCUCCGCUUUAUUAGGAGAUAUCUUAAAAAAAUAAUUAGUUUAUAAUUGUGUUUUAACAGAA